AUCUCCGGUUCUCCUGGACUCUUGCGUCACGGCAACUUUUAAUCCUCCUCUUUCCCGGCCCGCGGGUUUGGCUUUGAGUGAGAGAGAAAGAGAGAGAGAGAGAUAGAGAGAAAGAGCUAGCGAGCUCCUCUCCGCCUCCUUCCUCCCCUCCUUUCCACUUUCUUUCUUUCUUUCUACCCAAGCGCGCGCUCUCUCCUUCCCUUCCUCUGUGUGCCGGAGGAGUAUGUGUGUGUGGGGGGGGCGCGCGCACUCUUGCCCCGGACUCGUCACCUGCGUCCGUGCGCGCGCCGCCUGGGUGACUUAAAGCUGCCCCUUCCCCUCCAGACCCCUCCUCCCCCCGCGGGGUCCUGCUGCUGCACCUCCCCUCUUUUGCCCUCCCUUCCUCGCGCGGCUCGCCAGCUAACCGGGUGGUGGGCCGAGGAGCUGGAAUCGUAGCACCUCAUUGCACAACCCGGCUUCCCAACUGUUUACAUAUAAUCGGACUGUGUGUAUACUGCGUGAGUCACCCGCUGGAGGAGGAGGAGGAGGAGGAGGUGGAGGAAGAGAAGAAGGAGGGCACAGCCUGGGAUCGGCGCACCGCACACACACUCACUCACACUCAGUCACUCUCCCUCACCCAGCACGGAGGCUGAAGAGCGCAUAGGGAGAGAAGCGCCGCCAAAAGUUGCCAAGGUGCCUUUGCCCGGAGACUUGGGCUUCACGGUUCUGGGUUACUCGAUUGGCAUUCACUCUGCCGCUUCGGAAGCUUCGCUCCAAGUCCCAGGCCAGCAGCUCCCCGGAUCCAGAGUGCGAGGCGCGCUUUGCGCAGACUUUUCUCCGUCUGGAUUGUCUCUGCAGCGGCGGCGGAAGGAAGCCACCCAAACCUGCCCGUAGCGGCUGCAGCGAACCGGGAUUCUCGGGGGACCCCCAGUCCUGAGCCGCCCCCUUGGGCGGGGUGGAGGAGAAGGCGGAGCUGGCCCCCAGGCCGCCCGGUGGCUCUUCAGGCUGCUCCGGCCCGGGCUGCAACGUGGGCGCCCUAGAGCGGCUCUGGCUAGCUUUGCCCCCCGUGGGGGGUGAAAGCCAGAAGACCUCGAGAGACACCCCAGGCUCGGCUGCCGCCGUCGAAUCUCCGAAUCGCCGUCCCCCACUCCCAACCCCUUCCCGGAUAUCGGGGUUUAAAAGCCCAGUUCCCUGGGCUAAGGGAUCUGGAUGUGUUCCUUGCGCCCUGCCAUGAGCCGCAAAGUCCAGCCCCGCAGCCCGGGCCUGCUGCUUCCUGCCGCCCGGGGCUCCCCAUCCAAGCGCCUCCUGGACGGCGACGAGGCAGCCGCGGUAGCGGCCAAAUGCCUACGACUGUCUGAAUGCCCGAACCCUCCGGACUACCUCAGCCCUCCCAGCUCCCCCUGCACUCCCCCGCCGGCUCCUUCUCCUUCGGCGCCCGGCGGCAGCGCUCCAGGACCCAGCCGAAUCGCCGGCUACCUUCUGUUGCCCCUGGCAGAACGGGAGAAUGUGUCCCGGGCGCUGAGUAUCCACACUGGGCAGGAGUUGCGCUGUAAGGUGUUCCCUAUUAAGCACUACCAGGACAAAAUACGGCCUUAUAUCCAGCUGCCAUCUCACAGAAACAUCACAGGGAUUGUUGAAGUGAUUCUUGGGGACACAAAGGCAUAUGUCUUUUUCGAAAAGGACUUUGGGGACAUGCACUCCUAUGUGAGAAAUCGGAAAAGGCUUAGGGAAGAGGAGGCCGCCCGCCUCUUCAAGCAGAUCGUCUCUGCAGUUGCGCACUGCCACCAGUCUGCCAUUGUGUUGGGUGACUUGAAGCUCAGGAAAUUUGUCUUCUCCACCGAGGAGAGGACUCAGCUCAGACUAGAAAGUCUUGAAGACACUCACAUCAUCAAGGGAGAAGACGAUGCCCUGUCGGACAAGCACGGCUGUCCGGCCUACGUGAGCCCUGAGAUCUUAAACACCACAGGGACCUACUCGGGCAAGUCAGCGGACGUUUGGAGUUUAGGGGUGAUGCUCUACACGCUUUUAGUGGGACGAUACCCCUUUCAUGACUCAGACCCCAGCGCCCUCUUCUCCAAAAUCCGCCGCGGACAAUUCUGCAUCCCUGACCAUAUAUCCCCCAAAGCCAGAUGCCUCAUUCGCAGUCUAUUGAGACGGGAGCCCUCCGAGAGACUCACGGCUCCAGAGGUCUUACUUCAUCCCUGGUUUGAGUCGGUCUUGGAACCUGGAUACACAGACCACGAAACAGGAACGUCGGACCAGAUCGUUCCAGAACACCAGGAAGACAGUGACAUUAGUUCCUUCUUUUGCUGAUCCUGAAACCUCAAAAACCUCAUAAUUCUCACACAUGGCAUUUUUUUUUCUUUCAAGGGUUUCGUCUUUCCAUUUUUAUAGAUGGGUAGAGCUUUAAGUGUGGUGACAGCCAGAUAAGUGACAGUGUAAAUACGCAGAGCUGCUUUACUCAGAAUUCCUGUUCCUUAUGUCAUCAUGCGGAAUGACGUUGUUGCUAUGAACACUCUGAUUGGCGGCCCUGCAGAGCCUUUACGGUUCUUGGGGAGGCCUCCUGUCUGAUGGGUUGGGUGCUGAGACGGGCAUUGGGACAGAAUCACACUUUUACCAUGAAGCAAACUUGAAAAUUUUAGAGGGAGAAUGAAUGAAUCCUGAAAGUGGCUUUUGGUGUAUGUGUGGUCACUUAACCUGGCAGUAGCCAUAUUUUACCAUUGAGAUAAACUGUUGGUCCAAUGAACCCGCCAUCUUGCUGCUCUUUGGAUAGGCACCCCUUUGCCUUUGCAAGGGGCUGUGCCAUCCGGUUGGAAGUCUGCUAAACCUGCAUCCUCUCCUUAGAUUCCUAUGCCACUGGCUUUGCCCUAUUCCUUGAUCAGACUGUUUCAGGAACACAAGCGCCUGCCCUGCUACAUAAAUCCAGACUCGUUCCUCAAUUUCCUGUUAAGACCUCAUAUACACUAAUGCCUUCUCCCUGAACUUGAAACUCCCCCCCCCUUUCCUCCUGACUCUCCCGUCUCUCCCCAUCUCUUGCCCCAGCUAUAAAAGUACUUACUAGCUAACCAUGGGAAAAAACAAUCAUAAAAGCUUCUGAACGCCCGGCUAUUUCAGAACUCUGAUCUCAGACAGAGAGACUGCCUUUUUGUGAAUAAUUUGAGUCCUUGGAAGCAGUUAGCUUUUUUGGUUCCUCCCAAGUGUGCUAGCACUCAUCUCUUUCUGAGGCUGUUUCAGGGCUGGCCAUCUUGUCCCGGAGGACAAGGAUCAGGAGUUCCCUGUGCAGCAAAUGUCCAGUGUGUCCUUUCUUCAGCAGGAAACGUGGAAAUGUUUAGAAAGCAAGCCUCGGAUAGUCUUAGGAGAGCCUCAGACUGGUUUCUAGGAAUGUCCCUUCCCUAUUUAAGUAUAUCUGCCUCUAGCAGUGUGCGUGCGUGUGUGUGUGUUUGCAUGAUGGUUGUUAAUACUUCAGAAUUUAUGUGGUUAAUAAAUCAAUGUAUCUGUGUCUUUGACUGCCCCGGGAGAACAAGUAGGCCUCGUCCUACGUGAGAUUCCUGCUUUGUCUUUCCAGCAUGGCCCUCUUUGUAGCUCUGUGGAGAAAUGGCAAUUUGUAGGAACAUAAAUCUAAAUGAAAUAGAAAACCAAAAGUUUUCAGUAAACUUCUGGAACAGUCCCAAAGAUGAGUUGGUUACACGGGUAAAUGGAACAUUUUCUCUAUGUAUAUGUAGAUACAGACAUAUAUGUACAUCCAUAUGUACAUAUACACACGGCACAGUCAUGACGUGGUCGUUUCACAGCAGGGCUGAGCUUCGGCGUGCUCCGAUGCCUUGCGAGGGGGCCAUGGAUACCUCAAGCACUGUGGACUCUGUACAUACGUUUGACUUUUCCUACUUGUUUCGUCGUCGUCCUUCGUUUGAUCCUGAGGCUUUGUUGUCCUUUUUUCGUCUGUGUCUGAAUAACCAAGGUGUCAAAACAAAGGUAAAUGUGAAUCUUUUGGCAAUACUAACUUGACAGAAUCAUGGGAAUUAGGGAGGAAAGCAGGGGAGAAAUGGAGCGUCUGGAGCCUCUGAUGCACUAACACUCUCGUGGUUGUGCGACAUUUUGCGACAUUUGUAUCUGUGAUACAGCCUACGUGUAAAGAAUCUGUGUGCGCUGGCAUCUGCCAGGGAAGCUAAUAACACUAUGUUGACCCUGUAAAUAUGUAUAUAUGUGAAAAUGGACAUGAAUGUCUGACUUGUAGAGAAGUUUUAAUAAACUCGGUUUCAUAAAAA